UCUCUCUGAGGACAUUGCGGAUCGGUUCCUCUCUCUCUCUCUCUGUCUCUGUCUGAGUAUAGCAUAAACCUCCGUCGGUCUCACUCUCUCUCUCUCUCUCUCUCUCUCUCUCCAUCUCCGAUCUCCUCGCCGUUGAACAGGAACUGGUCGCCCCUCCGAACUUCCUCCUCCGCCUCUAUUCUAGGGUUCCCAUUCAGCUUACAAUGACGCCAUGCUCGCGGCCUCCCCCUGCCCUCCCCAAUUCCGCGCCUUCCAUGAGCUGAUCGACCACCCCUCCCUCCUCCCACCCGGUGAUCGGUCCUCCCUUCGGAAUGGCGGCCUCCUCCGCCGCCAAGUUCCUCUUUGGCUUUCUCCUCCUCUCGAUCGUGCUCUGGCUCCUCUUCAUAUUUGCUUCGAGAUUAGUAGCUUGGGCUUUGAGCCGGGUAGUUGGAGCCUCUGUUGCUUUCCGAGUUGGUGGAUGGAAAUGCUUACAGAAUAUUGUGGUGAAGUUUAAAAAGGGUCCUAUUGAAUCUGUAUCUGUUGGUGAGAUCAAAGUCAGUUUGCGGCAAUCCCUGGUCAAACUUGGGGCUGGUUUUCUCUCAAGGGAUCCUAAGCUACAAAUUUUAAUAUGUGACUUGGAAAUUAUAAUGAGGUCGUCCAGUACGAGUAAACAGAAGGCCAAGAAAAGCAAGAGAUCCAAGGGCAGUUCAGGCCGGGGAAAGUGGAUGGUUGUAGCCAACGUGGCUAGGUUUUUGUCUGUAUCAAUAACUGACUUGGCUGUGAAGACACCCAAGGCUACUGUUGAAGUUAAGGAGCUGUCUGUGGACAUAUCUAAAGAGGGUGGUUCAAAGCCUAAUGUGAUUGUUAAACUACAAAUAUUGCCGAUUAUUAUCCAUCUCGGAGAACCAAGACUAAGUUGUGAUCAACCACCUGGCUUUGAUAAUGAAGGAUAUCACUUUUCUAACCUGACAUCCUCUGCCUUAUUGGAAAGGUCCUCUGCUUCCUCUGCUCCUUUUAUCUGCGAGGAAUUGCAUCUUUCCUGUGAGUUUGGUCAUGACAGGGAAGCAGGUAUAUGUAUCAAGAACGUAGAAAUUCAGUGCGGAGAGGUCACAGUGAAUCUAAACGAGACAAUGUUAUCAAAAAGCAAAAGCUCAUCCACGGUUCCCUCUCAGACAGAUACCGUUCAUAUUGUUGAUUCAGUGGCCGCUAAAAAGCCGAACAAAAAAGAAGCAGCUGUAGCAGCACUUGCGAAGAAAGCUCCCAUGAUUCCUGAGCAGGUUUCUUUCAGUUUACCAAAGCUGGAUGUUAAGUUUGUCCAUCGGGAGCAUAAUCUUUCCCUUGAGAACAGAAUUAUGGGAAUUCAGUUGAGAUGCACGAAAUCACGAUCUACUGAAGAUCUGGGGGAGAGUACACGCCUUGAUGUCCAGAUGGAUUUCAGUGAGAUUCAUCUUCUCAGAGAAUCUAGCACAUCUGUUCUGGAGAUUCUCAAGGUUGACAUUCUCUCGUUAGUAUACCUUCCUAUUGAGCCUACCUCGCCUGUAAGAGCUGAAGUAGAUAUUAAGCUGGGAGGCACACAAUGUAAAGUAUUGUUGGGUAGAUUAAAGCCAUUGUUGGAUAUCCAAUCCUCUAAGAAGAAGAAAAUGGUGCUUCGGGACGGGAGUGCUACAUCAGUGAAGUCAUCGCCGUCGGAGCCUAAAAUCAUUAUGUGGACCUGUACUGUCUCAGCUCCUGAGAUGACUAUUGUGCUUUACAGCAUCACCAAUGUGCCUCUUUAUCAUGGCUGCUCACAAUCCUCGCACCUUUUUGCAAAUAAUGUUUCAAAUACUGGAACUGCUGUUCACAUGGAACUGGGUGAGUUGAAUCUUUACGUGGAAGAUGAGUAUCAAGAAUGCUUGAAAGAAAACCUUUUUGGUGUUGAAGCGAAUUCUGGUGCCCUAAUGAAUGUAGCCAAGGUCAGUCUCGAUUGGGGCAAAAAGGAGGUAGAACCAACAGAAGCAGAUGCAUCUAGAUCUAAAUUGGCCCUCUCUGUUGAUGUGACUGGUAUGGGUGUUUCUUUCUCUUUCAAACGUGUGGAAACACUAGUAUCCACUGCUUUAUCUUUUAAAGCACUCCUCAAAAGUCUGGCAGCUUCUAAAAAGAAGUCAACAGAGAGCCAUGGGCCCCGUCCGCCCUCAUCUGGGAAGGGGACUCGACUCAUAAAGUUCAACCUUGAAAGGUGUUCAGUAUGUUUUUGUGGUGAGGCAGGAUUGGAAACUUCAACUAUUGCAGAUCCUAAGCGCGUGAACUAUGGGUCACACAGUGGUCGAAUUGUAUUUAGUGAAUGUCCUGAUGGAACCCCACGAACUGCUACUAUAAUGUCCACUGUUGGAGAUGGCAAGAACUUGAAGUACUCUGUUUGUCUUGAUAUUUUUCACUUUAGUGUGUGCCUGAACAAGGACAAACAGUCCACUCAGAUGGAGCUAGAAAGAGCCAGAACAGUUUAUGAAGAACUCUUGGAGGAUAACCAGUCGUCUUGUGCAAAAGUGACAUUGCUUGACAUGCAGAAUUCUAAGUUUGUUCGCCGUGCAGGUGGCCAUAAGGAGAUCUCUGUGUGCUCCCUUUUUAGUGCUACUGAUAUUGCAGUCAGGUGGGAGCCUGAUGUACACUUGGCUUUAGUCGAUAUUGGUCUGCGUGUGAAAUCACUUAUGCAAAAGCAAAAGCUUCAACAACCAGAAGAUGUCUCUGGUGCAGGUAAUAUUGAUAAAAGCAAAGAAGUAAGCAUGGAACCAGGGCAAAGUGCAAAAAGCAAGAAGAAGGAAUCAAUAUUUGCUGUAGAUAUUGAAAUGCUGACAAUAUCUGCUGAGGCUGGGGAUGGGGUUGAAGCACUGGUUCAAGUUCAUUCUAUUUUCUCUGAGAAUGCCCGCAUUGGAGUACUUCUUGAAGGACUCAUGCUUAGUUUCAAUGGGGCAAGAAUUUUUAAAAGCAGUCGAAUGCAGGUUUCCCGUAUACCUAGUGUCUCAACUGAUUCAUCUGAUGCAAAAUCGCCUGGUGUUACCACGUGGGACUGGGUGAUUCAAGGCCUUGAUGUUCAUAUAUGUAUGCCAUUCAGGUUAGAGUUACGUGCCAUUGACGAUGCUGUCGAGGAUAUGUUGCGAGCUCUGAAGCUUAUUGUUGCGGCCAAAACCAAACUCUUGUUCCCGUCGAAGACUGAGAGCUCGAAACCAAAAAAGCCUAGUUCUGUGAAACUAGGAUGCGUCAAAUUUUGUAUAAGGAAGCUGACUGCGGAUAUCGAGGAAGAGCCAAUUCAGGGUUGGCUUGAUGAACGGUAUAGACUCAUGAAGAAUGAGGCUUGUGAGUUAGCUGUCAGGUCAAAGUAUCUUGAUGAACUAGCAAAGGGCAACUUGCGUCCUAGAGGUGCAGAUGUUAGCGAUGGUUCACUUGAAAGGAAGCUUUCCUUUGAUGGAUUGGAGAUAGAUGCACAAGAUCCUUCCUCUAUUCGCAAGAUUGAAGAAGAACUAUACAGGCGGUCAUUUCGUUCUUAUUUUCAGGCAUGCCAAAACUUGAAACUUUCUGAGGGCUCUGGGGCAUGUAGGACAGGAUUUCAGGCUGGCUUUAAGUUUAGUGCCAGCAGGACUUCACUUUUUUCCAUUUCCGCAACAGAGUUGGAUUUAACCUUAACUAGCAUUGAGGGGGGUGAUACUGGGAAGAUAGAGGUUCUCAAGAAGCUUGAUCCAGUUUGUGGAGAAAAUAAUAUACCAUUUGCUCGGCUUUAUGGGAGUAAUCUCCUCUUGCGCACAGGUUCCCUUACUGUUCAGAUAAGGGAUUAUACGUAUCCUCUUUUAUCAGCUACCUUGGGUAGAUGUGAGGGCCGUCUCAUUAUGGCUCAGCAGGCUACACCUUUCCAGCCCCAGAUGCAACAAGAUGUCUAUGUUGGGAGAUGGAGAAAAGUACGAAUGUUUCGUUCACUAACUGGGACCACUCCACCAGUGAAAACAUUCACGGAUUUGCCUAUAUAUUUCCAGAAGGGAGAAGUGUCCUUUGGAGUGGGAUAUGAACCAUCUUUUGCUGAUCUGAGCUAUGCUUUUACUGUGGCACUGCGCAGGGCUAAUCUUAGCGUUAGGAAUCCCAAAGGUAUGGUCUUGCCCCCUAAGAAAGAAAAGAGUUUGCCAUGGUGGGAUGAAAUGAGAAACUACAUGCAUGGAAACAUCAGCUUGUUCUUCUCAGAGACACGGUGGCAUAUUCUAGGAACAACCGAUCCUUACGAAAAGCUUGACAAACUUCAAGUCAUUUCCAAUUAUAUGGAGAUACAACAGUCAGAUGGCCGUGUUUAUGUGUCUGCAAAAGAUUUCAAAAUCUACUUGAGCAGUUUGGAGAGUUUGGGGAAGAAUCGGAGCUUGAAAGUCCCUGCUAGUAUGUCUUAUCCCUUCGUAGCGACACCAUCUUUUACUGUUGAAGUACUCAUGGAUUGGGAAUGUGCUUCUGGGACUCCCCUCAACCAUUACCUGUUUGCACUUCCCAAUGAGGGUAAACCACGGGAAAAAGUGUUUGAUCCCUUUAGAUCUACUUCACUCUCCCUCCGGUGGAACUUUUCUCUUAGACCUGUUCUACCAUCUGAGAAACAUUAUUCGUCCGGAAUUGGUGACGCUGCUAUUGAUCAAACAGUCAUGGGUUCUCAGAAGCCUGAAGAUGUUUUGUCUGCUUCACCCACAUUCAACGUUGGUGCUCAUGACCUGGCAUGGCUAAUCAAGUUUUGGAAUUUGAAUUAUCUCCCCCCUCACAAGUUGCGUGCUUUCUCUCGAUUUCCUCGUUUUGGAAUCCCCAGGGUACCAAGGUCCGGGAACCUGUCCCUAGACAGAGUGAUGACAGAGUUCAUGUUAAGGAUCGAUGCAACACCCACCUGUAUAAAGCAUGUCUCUUUGUUUGACGAUGAUCCUGCCAAAGGCCUUACAUUUAAAAUGACCAAAGUGAAGCAUGAAAUGUGUUUCAGUCGGGGCAAGCAAAAAUUUACAUUCGAAUGCAAGCGUGAACCUCUCGAUCUAGUCUACCAGGGUCUUGACCUUCACAUGCCCAAGGCAUUCUUGGAUAAAGAGGCUGAAGCUCGGGGCGAUAUGCCAAAAAUAGGUAGUAUGGCAGGGAAAGCUUCACAUUCUGCUCUCAUGGAUAGAGUUCCCAGUGAGAAGGGGAACUAUGCCAGUAGUAGCAAAGAGAAGUGUGCUGAUGAUGGAUUCUUGUUAUCGUCUGAUUACUUCACAAUAAGAAGGCAGGCCCCAAAGGCUGAUCCUGCCAGGUUAAUAGCGUGGCAAGAAGCUGGAAGAAAGAACCCUGAGAUGACAUAUGUGAGGUCUGAGUUUGAAAAUGGAAGUGAAAGUGAUGAUCAUGCACGUUCUGAUCAGAGUGAUGAUGAUGGUUACAAUGUGGUAAUUGCUGACAACUGUCAGCGUGUAUUUGUCUAUGGAUUGAAGCUUUUGUGGAACAUUGAGAACAGAGAUGCUGUUUGGUCUUGGGUUGGUGGAUUAUCUAAAGCAUUUGAGCCUGCAAAACCUUCUCCUUCUAGGGUUUAUGCCCAAAGAAAGCUGCAUCAGGAAACCCCCAGUGAUGAUGGUGCUGAAAUUCCCCAGAAUGAUGCGAAUAAGGCAUCUUCUCCCUCUCAACCUCCAGAGAGUUCAGGAUCACUUUCAUCCCCCUCACAGGCGGUUAAGGUGGAGAAGUCAGUAUCAGCUGCUAUUUCAUCCCCAUCUCACCCAGUUAAAAUGGAGAAUGCUGCAUCAGCUGCUGUUUCAUCCCCAUCUGAUACAGCAAAGAUGGAGGCAGCAUUUGCUGCUAUUGGAAGAAAUGGAAGUAAUAAUGAUUCUGAGGAGAAGGAGGGAACACGCCAUUUUAUGGUUAAUGUUUAUGAGCCACAGUUCAAUCUUCACUCUGAAGAAGCCAAUGGUAGAUUUCUUCUUGCUGCUGUUAGUGGUCGUGUUUUAGCCAGAUCAUUUCAUUCUGUUCUCCAUGUCGGUUUGGACAUGAUCGAACAAGCACUUGGAUCUGAGACUCCAAAUAUCCGUGAAUGUCAACCUGAAAUGACGUGGAAACGCAUGGAGCUCUCUGUGAUGUUAGAGCGGGUGCAAGCCCAUGUAGCGCCCACUGAUGUUGAUCCAGGAGCUGGACUUCAAUGGCUGCCUAAGAUCCAUAAAAACUCCGCGAAAGUGAAGCGAACUGGUGCGCUGCUUGAAAGAGUUUUUAUGCCUUGUGAUAUGUAUUUCCGAUACACUAGGCACAAAGGUGGGACGCCUGAUUUAAAGAUGAAGCCCUUGAAGGAGCUUACUUUUAAUUCUCACGAUAUCACGGCAACAAUGACAUCCCGUCAGUUUCAGGUUAUGCUGGAUGUAUUGACCAACCUUCUUUUUGCACGACUCCCCAAGCCUCGAAAAAGUAGCUUGACGUACCCUGUUGAUGACGACGAGGAUGUUGGGGAAGAGGCAGAUGAGGUUGUUCCUGAUGGGGUGGAAGAGGUAGAACUUGCAAAAAUCAACCUGGAGAAGAAAGAGCGAGAACAGAAAGUGAUUAUUGAUGACAUUAGGAAACUGUCUCACUGCUGUGAUACUUCUUCGGACCCAAAUCGAGAGGAGGGAGAUUUGUGGAUGAUAAAUAGUGGGACCGCUGCAUUGGUGCAAGGAUUGAAAAGAGAGCUUGUAAAUGCACAAAAAUCUAGGAAGGCAGCAUCUUCCGAGCUAAGGAUGGCCCUGCAAAAAGCAGCUCAGCUUCGGCUAAUGGAGAAGGAGAAGAACAAAAGUCCCUCCUAUGCAAUGCGCAUAUCCUUACAAAUCACCAAAGUAGUUUGGGGUAUGCUCAUAGAUGGCAAAUCAUUUGCUGAGGCAGAGAUAAAUGACAUGAUAUAUGACUUUGACCGAGAUUACAGAGAUGUUGGGGUUGCACUGUUUACAACAAAGUACUUUGUGGUUAGGAAUUGCUUGCCAAAUGCAAAAUCUGACAUGCUUUUGUCAGCAUGGAAUCCUCCGCCUGAAUGGGGAAAAAAGGUUAUGCUUCGUGUGGAUGCGAAGCAAGGAGCUCCUAAAGAUGGACAUUCUCCUCUUGAACUUUUCCAGGUGGAGAUUUAUCCACUAAAGAUCCAUUUGACAGAAACAAUGUACAGAAUGAUGUGGGAGUACUUCUUUCCAGAAGAAGAACAAGAUUCUCAACGGCGACAGGAAGUCUGGAAGGUCUCAACAACUGCUGGCUCGAAACGUGUCAAGAAAGGGUCAUCAAUCCAUGAAGCUUCGACCUCACUGGGCCUUUCAAUAAGAGAAUCGGAUAUCCCUGAUUCUUUACAAGCAUCAAAAUUACCUAAAUUUGUCGAGGGCACAACGCCAGAGUUGAGAAGAACAUCUUCUUUUGACAGAACUUGGGAAGAGACAGUAGCAGAAUCUGUUGCGAAUGAACUUGUUUUACAGUCCAUGACUUCUGGGAAGAGUGGACCACUGGGUUCAGUUGAGCAGCAAGAUGAAUCUUCUAAAAAGAAAGACUUCCGACCCAAAUCUGGUCGUUCAUCACAUGAAGAGAAGAAGGUCGGUAAAUCAAAUGAAGAGAAGAAAACUAGACCAAGGAAGUUGAUGGAAUUUCAUAAUAUCAAGAUCAGUCAGGUAGAGUUGUUGGUAACUUAUGAAGGAUCAAGGUUUGUUGUGAAUGAUCUUAAGCUGCUCAUGGACACAUUCCACCGUGUCGAGUUCACUGGCACUUGGAGAAGACUCUUCUCACGGGUGAAGAAGCACAUAAUCUGGGGGGUCCUCAAGUCGGUUACAGGGAUGCAGGGUAAGAAGUUCAAAGAUAAAGCGCACAGCCACAAGGAGCAGAAUGUGACCAGUGUCCCAGACAGCGAGUUAAUGUUAAGUGACAAUGAAGGAAGUGGGUUGGGUGGCGAGAAGAAUGACCAGAAUCCACUGACAUGGCCCAAGCGCACCGGUGAUGUGGCAGGUGAUGGCUUCGUCACCUCCAUAAGGGGUCUAUUCAACACGCAAAGAAGGAAGGCCACGAAGUUUGUGCUGAGGACUAUGAGGGGUGAAGAGAACGACGACCGAGACUGGAGUGAGAGCGAUGUUGAGUACUCCCCCUUUGCUCGCCAGCUAACCAUCACCAAGGCUAAGCGCCUCAUAAGGCGGCACACCAAGAAGUUCCGGUCCAGACAGAAAGGAGGUUCCUCUUCUCAAGGAAGAGACUCUCUUCCGUCAUCCCCAAGGGAGACCACUCCAUUUGAGAGCGAUUCUUCGAGCGGAUCCUCACCGACCUAUGAAGAUUUCCACGAGGUAUAACUUAAACAACCAACUGGAGCACUGAAAAACUCUCUCCCCGAUGCAAAGCCCCCGUGGCAUGAGGAUCGCACGGAGAAAGUUCUAUAACUUGAAUCAUCGGAUCAGACGAUUGUUUCUCUGCUCCUCUGCGAUGAAGAUAAAGCAAGAAGUUACAAUAAGAGUCAUAGAUCCUUGCCUUGACCUGAAACAAGGGAUAAGGAGGAUUACACGUACACUUCAGGCUAGGUCCCGACCGCCUAAUUCGGUGGAAGGAGAGCCCCCUGCUUUCUCCACGCAUGAAAUUUUCACUCUGCAAUAAGCUUAUUUAUCGGUUGUAUAUCUGUGCCUGAAUGUUGGCUUAUUUAAGUCGUAGUAGUAAUAUUAUACGAGCUCGUGGGAUCCGCAAGAUAAAAGGUUGUAAAAAAUAACAAUUUUGUAUAGAGAUUUGAAACUUGAAUGGCAAGAAAUUGAAUAAAGUUGCAGUAAGCUGUA